CUCAACUCUUUCUCUCCUUCUCACCAUAUCCCCCACCAUGUUUCUGGAGACCCAUCAGCCAACCGCUAAAAGGACGCAUAGCACACAAUACCAACAACUUUGCCAAGUUUACGCGAUGGAGCAAUUUCAGCUGGGCGGCAGACCUGCAAUCCCCUGCCAGACCAUAGAAGAAAGGGAGUCGCCCUUUUUCACUAGAUUUUGGCUUGUUACUAUAAUCCACACCAUCUUGUGGCCUCCUUCCUUUGCCUAAAUAUUACCAUUGUUGAGCCUGUCAAGUUGUAACCAUGGACACAGAGCUCACUCAUGAAAUACGCUUACCAGAGGGAGGGCCGAAAAUGCUGGCUUCAACUCAGACAAAUUUCUCCUCCCCAAGGAACAAGUUGAAAAAGAGAGAGUUUCUGAUUAGAGGCUGUGAGGAAUACCAGAAGGGGGUGGCAAUGAAGUGGCUAAAAUGGUCAUGAACCUGAAUGAGCCCACGCAAAAUCCUGGCCUCUGGCACGCUGCCUGAUUUACCAGUCGAGGCGACUAUGCAUGGAAAAUUAGGAUUUGGAGCAUAUUCGACCGUUUGGCUCUGUCGGGAUUUGCAGGGUCACCAGCAUGUUGCUAUGAAGGUUUACGAGCGAGACUUCACUCAAGCCCAAAGAGAGCUGCAUGUAUACAACCAGUUGAACCUGAUCGUGACUGAACAUAUCGGAUCUACCCUUGUGCGCACUGCGGUGGAUAAUUUGGACAUCAGCUUACCAAAAGGCAACCAUUUAUGCCUUGUCCAUAAACCCCUUGCCAUGAGCCUGGCAGAACUUAGGGCUAGAGCACCCUCAAGGAAGUUCCCGGAGGACCUGUUGAAGCCUACCUUAAUCCACAUCUUCUAUGCUCUCGACUUCCUCCAUAGUGAAGCUCAAGUCAUUCAUACUGGUUCGGACCUCAACACAAUCCCCAAAAAAACUCGUUUAUUUUUCAGUGACAUUUCCGAAAAUCCAUGGCCGCCCUGUGUGAUAUGUGACUUUGGGGAGGCUCUUACUAGUUCAACGACGUGCCAUGACGAUAUUCAGCCUUACUUGUAUCGGGCUCCUAAAGUUUUGCUGCGGAUGAGGUGGGACAACAAGGUGGAUAUCUGGAAUGUCGGCGUUCUAAUUUGGGAUCUCUUUGAAAAUAUGCACUUGUUCGACGCUCGUGACGAAAAUAGGCAGAAUUUGAACUUGCAUCACUUGGCUGAAAUGGUUGCGUUGCUUGGGACUCCACCGGUUGGAUUUCUAAGACAAUUUUUUGAUUAUCAAGGAGCCUGGAAAGGUGCAAUUGACAUUCCAGCCAUUUCACUAGAAAUGUUGGAAAGAAACCUCUCCGACAGUAAUAAAGAUAUGUUAAUUCAAUUCGUACGGAAAAUGCUACAGUGGAAUCCGGAAGCGAGGCAAUCAGCAAAAGAACUCCUUGAUGACCCCUGGUUACGAUCCGAGUUCUGGAAUGACCAUUGCACGGGAAAACCUGGCGCAAUGGGAAAUAAAUGGCAGUCGAAGUCUCAUCGCGCAAAUAGCCUACAGGGGGCUCCAGGCAAUGGAAUUUUGAACGCCACUUACCCAACAGCCAUUGCAGGAUGCGAGAAGUCAAUUAUUUGUGCUAUAAUCAACUGGAAAAGCCAAGUGAACAAGACCUCAUUAGUUUCAAGUCAGAAAUGCUAUUUCGCGUUGUUCUGGACCGGACUUGAAGCUUCUUCUGGAAAAGGUGUACCUGGACCUGGGGAUCUACUAGGGAUAACUGGGAGACUUUGCUUUACGAAGUUAUGGCAAGGAACGAUGCCCUUAGUUGUCUAA